GCUUCCGUAUGUGAAGCAGCUGCUUUGUUUAGUCCUGUGACAGACUGGUUCUGUCUACUCAGGCUAUACUGUUUGUUAGGUUCAUCACUGCUGCAUUCAUUCCCUGAAGGCAUUCUCCAUGGAUAGGCUGGUCCUACUCUGCUGUUUGUGCUUACAUGUGCAAUGGCUUUACGGUCAUCCACAAGAACAAGGUUCUCUCCGAUUUGUCGGCCUCGGAGACUGGGGAGGAUUUCCCCUCCCCCCAUACCAUACUUAUACCCAGUCAGAGGUAGCGAGUGAAAUGGCCAGGGUGACUAGUAGUAUGGGUCUGGACUUUGUCCUCAGUCUGGGUGACAACUUUUAUUUCAGUGGAGUAAAGGACGUGGACGAUCCCCGCUUCAAGGUCACCUUUGAGAAAGUGUUCUCUCAUCCAGACAUUCUGCAUGUGCCUUGGUACGUGGUGGCAGGUAACCAUGAUCACUUGGGAAACGUGACAGCCCAAAUUGCUUACUCUGACCGCUCAGAGAGAUGGCAUUUCCCUGAGCUGUACUACCAACUGAAGUUUAAGAUCCCUAAUUCAAAUGUCUCCAUGACGAUACUAAUGAUUGACACGGUGACGCUAUGCGGGAACACCUAUGACAAGGAUCACCCAUUUGGACCUGAGGAUCCAGAGGCCUCUAACGAGCAGCUCCAGUGGAUCGAGAACCGCCUGAAGAGCGCCAAGUCAGAGUAUGUAGUGGUGGCUGGUCACUACCCGGUCUGGUCAAUUGGUCACCACGGUCCCACCCAGUGCCUGCUGGACCAUCUGAGGCCUCUGCUGAAGAAAUACGAUGUCACAGUCUACCUGUGUGGACAUGACCAUGACAUACAGUUUAACCAAGAGACCGAUGGGAGUGCGUAUGUGGUCAGUGGAAGCGGAGCCGUCACGUCCACUUCCGUUCGGCACCAGAAGAGCUUUCCGUCGUCCUGGCAGCUUUUCUCUAAUGCCAUCAAUGGCACUUCCAGCGGAUUCGCCUACUUUGAGGUGACGGCUGACCGCAUGACCAUUAGCUACAUUCAGACAGACGGGAAGUGUGUGUAUCAGAUGUCUCUUCCAAAGCGACGGACACAGUGGACAGAUAGUAGUGACCUCCCUUGAAGAAUUCCAUGGGAUUUUAUCAUCACUGACAACUACAAUUAGUGGUUUCAAUUAGUGAUUUCAACUUUUUUAAGAAUUAUUUUAUAAUUUGUUGCUGUGUAAUGGACUAUAUUGAUAUAGUUGACCUAAUAUAUACCAUGACUGAUUUUAUGAGUGGGCUAUGUAACAUCACCUAUAGAGGGCAGUAGAGUAUGUGGUAUGCAUCAGUGCAUUAUGCAACAAAAGGAUGUCUAUUCAAAUCGAGAGUCAAAUCAUUUCUCUUUAUUUUCAGUAUAAAAAGUAAAACUACAAAAAUAAAAAGUACCUUA